GUGAAGCGCGUCCUGGGAAACCGCCAUCCCCCUUGCUGUGCCUGUGCCUGGUGCAGCCGCCCGUGUCUGGCUCCGCUCCUGGGGGUUUGGUGUGCGGGGGCUGCUCCGGGCUGAGCUGAGGGAAGCCCCUCGCUGGCCCCGCGGGGAGGUGGAAACGCGGGUGGAUUUAAGACUGUCGUGAUAACUUCGUUUCGCGGUGACACUUCUGUUUCCUUGGCCGCACAGGACACGCCCCGCGCGUGAUCUCCAGCACUUGCCUGGCCCGCUGGUCUGUCCAUGGCGCACAUCACCAUCAACCAGUAUUUGCAGCAGCUUCCAUCUCCAGAAGACAAAUGUCAACAAGUUCUGGAGCCACCAUACGAUGAAAUGUUUGCUGCUCACUUAAGAUGUACUUACGCUGUUGGAAACCAUGACUUUAUUGAAGCUUACAAAUGCCAAACAGUUAUAGUACAAUCAUUCCUGCGAGCAUUUCAAGCACAUAAAGAAGAAAACUGGGCUUUGCCUAUUAUGUAUGCUGUAGCACUUGAUCUUCGAAUUUUUGCUAAUAAUGCUGAUCAACAGCUGGUGAAGAAAGGGAAAAGCAAAGUUGGUGACAUGUUGGAAAAAGCAGCAGAAUUGCUGAUGAGCUGUUUUCGCGUCUGUGCCAGUGACACUCGAGCUGGCAUUGAUGACUCCAAAAAGUGGGGAAUGUUGUUUCUGGUGAAUCAGCUGUUUAAAAUCUAUUUUAAGAUUAACAAACUUCAUCUAUGUAAACCAUUAAUUAGAGCUAUUGACAGCUCAAAUCUGAAAGAUGAGUACAGCAUGGCACAGAGAGUUACGUUCAAAUACUACGUUGGACGCAAGGCGAUGUUUGACAGUGAUUUUAAGCAAGCUGAAGAGUAUCUGUCAUUCGCCUUUGAGCACUGUCACCGUUCAAGUCAGAAAAACAAAAGGAUGAUUUUGAUUUAUCUUUUGCCAGUAAAAAUGUUAUUGGGCCAUAUGCCAACAAUUCAACUUUUGAAAAAGUAUGAGCUUAUGCAGUUUGCUGAAGUAACUAAGGCUGUGAGUGAAGGAAAUCUUCUGCUAUUGAAUGAUGCUCUGACAAAACACGAGACCUUCUUCAUUCGUUGUGGUAUCUUCCUGAUCCUUGAGAAGCUGAAAAUCAUCACCUACAGGAACCUGUUUAAGAAAGUAUAUUUGCUACUUAAAACCCAUCAGCUAUCUCUAGAUGCCUUUCUGGUUGCCCUGAAAUUCAUGCAAGUGGAAGAUGUUGAUAUUGAUGAAGUCCAGUGUAUUUUGGCUAAUCUUAUAUACAUGGGUCAUAUUAAAGGAUAUAUAUCUCAUCAACAUCAGAAGCUUGUGGUCAGUAAGCAGAACCCAUUCCCUCCACUUUCUACAGUGUGUUGAGUUUACUGCACCUUAGAUGGAGUAUUUAUAAGAGACUCUACUUGUCAAUGGAACUGUUUCUCAAAUUGCUCAGUGGAAACUGUUAAUGACCUGGUUAUGUUCAUUACUGGAAUACACAAAAACUGUUCAUGACUCCUUUCCCAGUGGGAUAGGGCCUGCCAGCUUGACCAAGCACAGAGAACAAAAUGCUUCCUUUUUAAAGUUAGUUUCUACAAACCCUGAAGUAUAGUGGCUGGAAAAGAAACAAGAACAUUUGCAAAAUUUCAGCUACACUUUUUAAAAAGCCUGCCUCACCUGUCUCAAAUGUCAUGUGUAGUGACACCCCUUUAUAUUCCCGUAACUAUUUCUGUCCUUAUCUGUCAAAAGCAAGUGUCCAUCGGCGACACAAUCAUUCUUCAUAGGCAGAAACAAUGCUUUUAUUUCACCUGUUCUUGACUUAACUCCCAGUUAUGUGAAACUUCGUUUUUUUCGGUAAUCUUGGUUGUAUCCAACGCUCUUCGAACCCUCUUUAAAAAUUAAGGACCCAUGCCUGAUAAGUGCUGCACCCCUGGAACCUCACUUCAAUUUCAAUAGGAUUUCUGAGUGUACAGCAGGGUGUGAGGUGUGGUUACCAAAGGCCCAAUUCUGAGCAGCAAUAGGUAACUGUACUUGUUAAAGUUUCCCUUUGAGGCACAAGAAUUUAUUUAGGCAACCUAGUCCUACUCCAUUUUAAUUCUGAUUUUGUGGAAUAUUUCUGCCAGUAGGUCCAUUCGUUUAAGUGUUCUUUAUUUUUGCACAGCUUACCUGUUGUUCAUGCUGGUUGUUUUGUAAAAUAAUAAACCAAAUGUGAUAUUUUU